AUGGAAGCCUGGUUAAUCUUCAUUAUUCUCUGUCUUUGCCUUUUACCAAUUCUCAAAGCCAUACGUAACCUUGUCUUUCCCAGUUAUCCUCUCCCUCCGGGGCCUCCAAAAGUGCCCAUCAUAGGCACCUUUACAUUGCUGAAACAAUACAAUAACGAUCCUAAAACACUUCUUCAAAAUCUUCAUGCCAAAUAUGGUCCAAUCUUCACUCUUCAAAUGGGUUCUCAAACAGAUAUUUUCAUUGCCAAUCGCUUCCUUGCACAUCAAGCAUUAAUCCAAAAUAGCACCAUUUUCGCAGAUCGCCCCAAGGCACUUCCCACAAAGAAGAUCAUUAGCAGCAACCAACAUGACAUCCUUUUCAGCUUCUAUGGCCCCAUAUGGCGCCUCCUAAGGCGCAACCUCACUUCAAGAAUCCUUCAUCCCUCACAGGUUAAGUCCUAUGCACAUGCACGCAAGUGGGUGUUAGACAUGCUUCUAGAACGCCUUAAAUCUGAUUCAGAUGCAUGCAACCCCAAAAGGGUAGUUGACCAUUUUCGAUAUGGCAUGUUCUGCUUGCUUGUUCUUAUGUGUUUUGGUGACAAACUCAAUGAGAAGCAAAUAAGAGAAAUAGAAGAUAGUCAACGUGUUAUGCUUCUCAGCUUUGCCAGAUACAAUGUCUUGAAUUUUUGGCCACCAAUUACUAGGAUAUUGUUCUGGAAGCGAUGGAAGGAAUUCUUACAGCUACGAAGAGACCAAGAAGCUGUGUUGAUUCCUUAUAUCAACGCUCGAAGGAAAGCCAAGGAAGAGAAACUAAGUAAUAGCAAAGAGGACAAUGAUCAAGAUGAAUUUGUUAUGUCAUAUGUGGAUACUUUGUUGGAUUUGGAAUCAUUGGAUGAUGGUAAAAUUUGCACCUUAUGCUCGGAGUUUCUGAACGCUGGAACAGAUACAACUUCAACAGCAUUGGAAUGGAUCAUGGCAAACUUGGUUAAAUACCCUGAUAUCCAAGAAAGGCUUGUGGAGGAAAUUAGAGGGGUCAUGGUUGAUAGAGAGAAAAACGAAAUCAAGGAUGAAGAUUUGCAAAAAUUGCCAUAUCUUAAGGCUGUGAUUUUGGAGGGCUUAAGGCGUCACCCACCAUUACACUAUGUGGCUCCUCAUAGAGUAACAAAGGAUGUUGUUUUGAAUGGUUAUUCGGUGCCUACCUCUGCCUCUGUGAAUUUCUUAGUUGCGGAGAUUGGUAGGGACCCUACAGCUUGGGAUGACCCCUUGGCCUUUAAGCCAGAGAGAUUCAUGAACAACAGUGAGCAAAAUGGAGACACAACGUUUGAUAUAAUGGGAAGUAAAGAGAUAAAGAUGAUGCCAUUUGGGGCUGGGAGAAGAAUGUGUCCUGGCUAUGGUUUAGCAAUGCUUCACUUGGAGUACUUUGUGGCCAAUUUUGUUUGGAAUUUUGAGUGGAAGGCCAUGGAUGGAGAAGAAGUUGAUCUGUCAGACAAGUUGCAAUUCACAACGGUGAUGAAGAAUCCUUUAAAGGUUCAUGUAUCACCUAGGCUUUAG